CGACCAGUUGCGUUACGGUGGCGUCGCUCGGGCGAUCGGUUUGCGUCUCGUCUUUCACGUCGCGAGGUUGCGUUCCGGAAUUUCUCGAUUCGACUGCAACUUCAUACCGAUCGUACGGUGCGCGCGCGCGCGCCUCAGUGUAACGGCCAACGCGAUUUGCGCUCGAUGUUGCAGUUGUGAAAACGCGAGAAACACCGUCAAAGUGCGAGCAACGAGCAUCGACACGCGCGACGGCAGGAGCAGGUCGCGUCGAAGGAGCUCGGGCGACGAGGAUCGCGAAUUCGCAGCAGCGGCUUGGAUUCUCGAGAUCGCGGAUUUCGGGUCGCGACGACUCCAGUCGGGACUCCAACCUUCCACGACUGCGAGCGAGCCACAGCGCGGAAUGCGGCGCGGUCAGCCGAUGGACGAUGGCCGUUAGAUCGAAUCGCACAGUGAACCUGGCCGGUGAGCAAGAGCGCACGGUGGCACUCCCGGAAGGAGAAGAGAGAUGACACGCGGGGUCGCGCGAUAGAGAACGAAGCUGCGACCUUUUCGCGUGAGAGCAACGCGACAGAGAAGAAACGGCCUUGGAGGCGGCGAAUGACAGCUACUGGUGCUGCUGCUGCUGCUGCCAUUGCUGCUGAACAGUCAACCGGCCGCUUACCGUCGGCGAUUUAUUCGGCUUUCGCAACCUCUCUCGAUCGCCGACACCGGUCGUGACCUCGAAAGGAGCUCUCUUCCAUCUGACCGAAGAAAGAAAAGGAGAAAACGACAGAGGAGGCUGACCUCUUCCCCAAGAUCUCCUUCUCGCGGGCGACCAGACGGAACGACAACGACAAGGUGGUGGCGGCACAAUGUAGCAACUGAUCCGGCCGAGAAAGACGAAUUUUACUGGCGAGUGACUGCGAGAAAAAGCGAAUGCGAAGAAUCGACGAAGAACCCCGCGAGGGAGAGGGAAACGCGAGGAUGAAGACAAUGGGCGAUGUCGUCGCGGACCCCAUUGACGAGACCGAUGACGCGAUGCAGCCCAUCGGCGUCAGCAAGGAGUUCGGCCAGAAGACGCUACGGUCCCUCAAGAGGGGACUGGGUCGGCUCUGGAGGAGGCACAGGGGCAACGCGUCGAUAACCGAGUACGAUCCCUGCUACAAGGUCGCGUAUCUUGGAAAUGUGCUGACUGGAUGGGCCAAGGGUGAAGGCUGCGUCGAGAAGCCCGUGUCGACCCUAUGGCGAAACUACGUAAGCAGCAGUAGGCCUGAUGUCUCUAUGAGGUUAACAGUCACUAGCGGUGGUCUCACCGCAACCACGAAGGACCACGGCCUGACGGAGUACUGGGCCCAUCGUGUGACUUAUUGCACGGCCCCGGCUUCCCAUCCGCGACUCUUCGUCUGGGUUUACAGGCACGAAGGUCGCAGGCUCAGGCCCGAAUUGAGGUGCCAUGCCGCUCUGUGCAGCAAGGAAUCCACCGCAAGGAGGCUCGCCUCGAUCUUGAAUACUCGGUUGCAACAGGCGCUCUUGGAAUUCCGCCGGGACAAGGUCUCGCGGCAAAACGCCAGGUUGUCUCUGGCGAAUGCGUUGUACGAUAAUCCAUCGUUGCCGCGUAGGAAACUUCUUCUGAGUACCGGUGGCCAGAAUUAUCGACCGCCCCUGGAGAGGUCGAAGAGCGCGCCGAAAUUAUCGGCGAUCGAGGAGGAUACGGUGGCCGAAGAGAUGGAGCAGCAGAGGUUGCUGGAGGAGCUGCGCUCACUGGAGAACGUAGCGCGUAGCUGGGAGGACCAAGACGGUUGGAGGAUAGCCAGGCUUCUGGACGCCCUGAACCGCGAGUCCUCUGAUGAGAACGGCAGUAUCUCGAGCGGAUGCGAGACUGCCAGCACGGCAACGAGCGAGGAGAGAGCUUCCGGCCCAGAAGAGCAUCACGCGCAGAAUCAAGCCGAUCAACAGGGAUCGAUCAAGAGGGUCAUUUUCGCGGAUGACAGAGUCAGCAGAGGGCUAGGACCGCGAAGGAAUUCGGAAGGCUCGCCUCAUUUCAUGACAUGCGCCGGUAGUCCGCGUUUUAAUCCCAUAGAUUCCAGAGAGAGGUUUCCCCUGAGGAGCGAGGAGGAGGAGUCGAUGGAGGAAGAAGAGGAAGAAAUGGAGGACACCACGUCGAACGUGUUCGACUUCGAAGAUGUCGAGGACUUGGAUGACGUAGUGGAUUAUCGACCGCGAGGCGAGAUGUUGAGCAGAAUCGAAGAGCCACAAAACACGGAGAGGCGAGCGAACGAAAAGUAUCCUGGCAGAAUAAGCCACGAGUUCCUGCAGAACGACGAGACAUCAUUCCUCACUCUGGAUUCCCUCGACGAGGAGGCCGACAGCGACGAAAGCGGUUACGUCGAGGCACCACCAAAGUCUUUACUUGGUCAGGACGAAAGGAAGGAGGAAGAAGAGAGCGAGCGAUUAGAAUCGUUCAAGAAUCAAUCGUUAGAUUCGAUGACAAUGUGUAAAAACGUGAAAGCUAACGAUAACGAAAGUCAACGAACGAAACACGAGGAUCCCAAAGUAGCAGACAAGCAGGAGGAGCGAGAGUCCCAAAAGGUAGAGAAGAAGGAUUCUUUGUUGGUGGUCGACGACAAUCAAAGAAUAAAAGAAAGGGAGAGGGAAAGAGCGGAUUUCAAGUAUCCUAUCUCGGAAACAAUCAGAAAAUUCGCUACCGCAACCCUGAGAAAUUCCAAGUCUCUAGAGAUGACGAGCAAUAGUUGCAUGAAUGUCUUGAACAAUUUCAAAACCUCAAAGUCGUUCGACAACGUGAAGAACGAUGAGAUUACUGUGGAAUCGCCGAGUCUCCACCAAAGGAAGCAAUUAUUGGCACAACGUGGUGUCAUGGUUUAAAGUCCUUUUUGAAUCGCUUCAGUUACAUAUUAUGGAUUGAACGGAAAUCAAUGACAAUCGAAGACAUUUAUCCGUCAUUGAGUUUUCGCUCGGAAAUACUUGUGACAAUGUUUGUCGGAAAUGCCGAAAUGAGAGAGUGCGAAUCGAUAUUCGUGCAAAAAUGUGCCUGAUCUACGUCCUUGAUCGUUUUACUAAAUUGUGUCAGCUGUUUCGUUUGUCAGACGAAAAGAGUAUCUGAUUACAAGCAUCGUAUUCAUUAUGGAGUCAUUUUCCUUACCGCUCGUAGUGUAUUCAUAAUACGCUGUAAAAUAUAUGAUAUUAUCCUCGGUGAUGGAUGUAUCGCGUGUAUUGUCAUAUUUAUACCAAGGAAAUCGAUGGGAUUUGAAUAACGUUGAAGCAAUAUUUGAGACAUGAUUCAAGCAAACUGCUAGCUUUCGAGAGAUCCGGCUGGAGUCUUCUUUCUAACGUAUAGUUAGAAAAACCCAUCAUCGAGUUAUAAAAAGGUGCUACUUAGUAUCGGAACUAGACUCAGGCGUAAUAUUCUAAGGAGUGAUAGAAAUUACUAAUGAAUAAGUUUCUGUUUUGAAUAAACUGUAACUGCAAUGUCAUCGCUUUAUUAUUCAGUAAUAAUAUGCUGAAUAAUGUUCUAUAAUCAUCGUAGACGCAAAACUACAUCUAGUUCCGAUACUGACAUUACUACUGGUUGACAAGGAAAAUAUACCCAUAUUAUAACGCAGGGCGGAUGUGAAGAUACAAGUGUAAUAUUGAAUCUUUAAUCGAAUCUUUAAUCUGUAGCACGAUAUAGUAUGAUAUAAAAUAUAAAAACAUCCUGAAGAACGAUUGAAGAACGGAUAAGUUCAUUUCAAUAUGAUGUAUAAUCACGAUAAAACUCGGGACAAGCUAAAUAACCUUUAGACACGUUUAUGCCUCGUCGAAGUGUAACGAGCUUCAUAAUUUAGCAAUACGAUAUUUCGGAUCGUUACAUCUUGCAUGCUUUCAUAAAUGACAGAUUCCGUAAUAGAAGCCUGUUUGUCUUCGAAGAUAGGGAUCUACUGAACCGACCGAGUCUAGUAGUUAUCGACAAUGCCUCAUGUCUUACCAAUCAUACGCGCAUCUGACGCAGCAUACUACUCGAUAAACGGAUAAUAACUAAUAAAUCGGUAAACCUUCGAAGAUUCAUUUCGUGAGAUACGAAUGUCGUAAAAUCAAUGUAACCGGCGGUACAGUUGACAAAAACCGCGCGAAUAAUUGUAUCUGUAAUUGUAAUUUUUCACAAAAAUGGACAUACUGAACGUUACUCUUAUAAGAGUAAAACUAAGAGGAACGAAUCGAAAUUGCAACAUGAUUUUCCGCUCUUAUUGCAUUCACAAACAUUUGAAUUGCGAUGUGUCUUAAGAGCGACUGAAAAUGAUCCUUUCGUAAGAUUAGAAUGUCGUGUAUUAUUUUUUAAGUUUCUUGGAGUGAAAUUUCAUUCGAACAGUGGAGUGACCGACGAGUAACUCGAAUUUGAGAGAGAGAAACUCUAAUUUUUCGCUCAUAAAAUAAAUCCUCUACUCUGAAUCAUUGAGUGAAUAUUUUCAUUCGAAAUUGAAGAGCAAAUCUGUAAUGUAUUUGAUUGUUACACGAAAUAUAUAUUCACUCUGAUCGAUCGAAACAUUCGCAAGAAUUCAUUCUAAGCGAAAAUACCGCCACUUUUCAUUAGUUUCGAAUGAGAUUCCAUUGCGAGAAAUUUAGAGAGAGUAUGUCACUAUUAAGAACAUAUUGAUAGACAAGAGUGAUUGCAAGUUUAUUUUGACAAAGCGGCGACUUCACUUUGUCGCUUUAAUAUAAUGUUAAGUUUAUUUAAACAAGACGGAUCGGUGGUGUACUCGUCGUUAAUUCGGGUUCUGUCAUGUGACUUCGUUACACCAAAAGCGAAUAAGCUCUUUUCCUUUUCUGUAUCGGUUGAUUGCGAGAUAUGGUAAUGUAUAGCUAAAUAAACUAUUCGCGUGACAAAAAAUAA